AUGGCCGACCAAGCCACGGAAGCCACGUCUAAGCUCCAGCUCGACGAAGAGACGGGGGAGAUGAUUUCGAAGAACGAAUUCAAGAAAAGAGCCCAGAAGCGGGCCAAAAAGGCAGUGGCGGCAGCCCGCACGAGAGAGACCGCUGCAGACCAAAACCACGAGCCCAGUCCAGCGCCAGCUCAGGAGCCGGGUCUUCUUGAUCUAGACGCGAUGUUCAGGCAGGGCUGGCUGGCGGAUGUGUACAAGGAGCGGGCGAGUCGGGAGGUGGUCACGAGGUUCCCUCCGGAGCCCAAUGGCUACCUACAUCUUGGCCACGUGAAAGCGAUUGCUGUCAACUUCGGCUUUGCCCGCUUUCAUAAUGGCAGGGCUGUUUGCUUUGAGCCAUCAGCCGUGACCUACACCAGCGACCAUUUCCAGAGGCUAUACGAAAUGGCAGAGAACUUGAUCCAGCUUGGCAAAGCUUACGUCUGCCACUGCGACCCGGCGGAGACCAAGAAGCAGAGGGGAGGGAAAGACGGCAAGGAAGGGCCUCGGUAUCGCUGUGAGCACGCCGAGCAAGAUGCUGCCAACAACUUACGAAAGUUCCGCGACAUGAGAGAUGGCGUGUACAAGCACCAGGAAGCAUUUCUGCGCAUGAAGCAGGACAUCGAGAAUCCGAACCCGCAGAUGUGGGACCUUGUUGCAUACAGGAUUCCCUGCAAAGCACAUCACCACCGCACAAAGGACAGGUGGAAGAUCUACCCGACGUAUGACUUUGCGCACUGCCUGUGUGACAGCUUCGAGGGGAUCACACACAGCCUCUGCACGACGGAGUUCUUCCGCUCCAGGGAGAGCUACGAGUGGCUCAAUCGCACACUGGGCGUCUACGAGCCAAUACAGCGCGAAUUCGGCCGUUUCAAUAUUGACAACACGGUGAUGAGCAAACGCGCGGUUAACGAGCUGGUCGAAAAGAAAAUCGUCCGAGGCCGGGACGACCCACGCCUCUACACUCUGGUCGCCCUCCGCCGCAGGGGCGUCCCCCCGGGGGCAAUCCUGGCCUUCAUCAACGAGCUGGGCGUGACGACGGCCAAGACUACCACGCAGACGGCACGCUUCGAGCAGUCGGUCCGCCGGUUCCUGGAGGCGUCUGUCCCGCGCCUGAUGCUCGUCCUAGACCCCGUCCCUCUGGUCAUUGACGGGGUCGAGGGGCUCGCGGCGACGGAGAUCGAGGUUCCGUUCUCGACGAGGGACCCGAGCAUGGGGAGCCGUGCACUGCGGCUGACGCGGACCGUGUACGUUGACAGGUCGGAUUUCAGGGAGGUCGCUGACGACAAAUUCUUCCGCCUUGCGCCGGGGAGGACGGUUGGGCUCCUGAAGUUCCCCUCGCCCAUCACCGUGACGACCUUUACCAAAGACGGCGCGGGUCAGGUGAGUGAGAUACGAGCCGUCCUGGACAGUGCUGCCGGCAGACCCAAGGCAUAUAUCCAAUGGGUUCCGGAAGGGUCAGCAAAGGUUGAAGUCCGGGUCCACGGUCGUCUCUUCAAGUCUGAUGACCCUAACGCUGCGCCGGGGGGCUUUCUCCAAGAUGUAGAUCCCCACGGUGAAACAGUAUAUCACUCUGCCAUGAUCGAAGCUGGAUUCGAGAAGAUCCGUCGGUCAGGGCCAUGGCCCAGAGAAGCUGGCAGGGGACAGACCAUCGAACUCGACACACCCGAGAGCAUCAGGUUCCAGGCUAUGCGAGCAAUUGACAGUGACAGUACCGCCGAGCAUAUCGUUCUGAAUCGGAUCGUGUCGCUGAAGGCAGACGCUGGAAAGGACUAG